UAGGGAAGAGCGCGCUCUAGUGGAAGGAGUCAUGUGACGGGUCAGCUGAUCAGGCGGCUGUCAUGGCUCUUCGCUGCUCUCCCGUUCCGCUGCCGGAUUCGGUGUCCGCGGAUAUGCAGAACAUGAAGCAGCUGUCCGGGGAGCAAGUGUGCCGACUCUGCAAAGUCAUCUUCUCCUUUAUGAAGGAGCAGAAGGAGGUUGAUCAGUUCACGUCGCAGUUGGAAGACUUUGCCAGAGACAACGGGAUCAUUCUGGGGCCCCUGAGGAACAUAGUGAGGAGCGUUCUUCUUGUACUAAACGCUGCCCUGAAAAGAAACCUAAAAUGGGAAGAGCUGAGAGCGGAUCUCAUCACCCUAGGGCUGGAUGAGGAGAAAGCUGCCUAUUUUGCAGAGGAGUGGCGUCACGACGCAGCAGCGCUGUCGCGGCUGGCAGUUGGUCGAACACUCAGUAUUAACCAAUUGGUGGACAUGGAGUGGAAGUUUGGAGUUACAGCAGCCAGUAGUGAACUGGAAAAAUCUGGGAGUAUUUUCCUGCAGUUGAAGAUGGUCAUUAGAAAAGGCAGCCAGUUGGAACCUGUGUAUGUUGAGCUGACCCUGCCGCAGUUCUACAGCUUUCUGCAUGAGAUGGAGCGAGCCAAGAGCAGUCUGGACUGUUUCACGUGACGGGGGCGCCGCAGAAGCCAUCUUCUAUAAAGACUCCACCAGCGGCAGAGAAAUCGGUGCAGAUCACACUGUGCGGGACUGUCUUAUGGAACGCAGGAGACGGAGAGCCGCAGCGACCAAUCCGAUUCUAGCGUUCCUUCAUUUCUUCGAGUCAUUCAAUCAUUUCAUUUCUACAGUGAAGCCUGGACUUUGGUUGCUCCGCAUAGAACCUCUGCUGUUUUCUUUGCUUCAUUUAUUCUUGUGUAGGUUCUUCUGAUCCAAUUUCUCUGAAAAGUUACACCAGAAAUAAAACUUUAUACUUAA